AUGAGAGUCCUCCUUUACACGCUCCUUCCUCGCCAUCGAAUUGUGAUCAGAAACACUCCAGUUUUUCUAAACGGCACUAUCUUUGAUUCUGUUACAGCUGACGAAGUGAGGCUUUCGAUUCUGGAUCUUUUUGCCGGGACUGGUGUAGAGGUGCAUGGACUCGACGGGAUUCUUGUUUCCGGGUUCGAUUCUGAGGAUGAUGAAGAGGAUUACGAUGGCAAUCAUCACCUACGGCUUGUGUCACAGCCGGUGAGUCGUCCUAACUACGAGGUUGUGGCUCCAACCGUACCCCCGAUGAAGUUGAAACGUGUCUCGAGAUCAAAGAAUCGACGGAAUCCGAGAGGAUCUCACCGUAAUGGCGGUAAAACUGGUCAUGGAAAGUUUUCGAAGUUAAAGAGUCGGAUUGGUCUGUGA